CUGAGUGAUGACGCAGUCUGGGGAAAGCGUGAGGAACGAUAAAGGGUGUCCCGUCGGCACUAGCACAGACUGCACGGAACAGCUGCAGCCUAGGUUCACAUAGAGUUUCACAGCAUUGCGAGUAGUACACAUAUAAUUUCAUCCCAAAACCUAUAGAAUAACUUUCACACUAACCAAAUAUUAAAAUGGUUGAUCGCGAGCAGCUGGUGCAGAAAGCCAGGCUGGCUGAACAGGCUGAAAGGUAUGAUGAUAUGGCAGCUGCCAUGAAAUCGGUAACAGAGCUGAAUGAGGCGCUAUCUAACGAGGAGAGGAACCUCCUGUCUGUGGCCUAUAAGAAUGUGGUGGGGGCCCGUCGUUCCUCUUGGAGGGUGAUCUCUAGCAUCGAGCAGAAAACCUCUUCAGAUGGAAAUGAGAAAAAGAUUGAAAUGGUUCGGGCCUACAGAGAGAAGAUUGAGAAGGAGCUGGAGGCUGUGUGUCAGGACGUGCUCAACCUGCUGGAUAACUACCUGAUCAAGAACUGCAACGAGACGCAGCACGAGAGCAAGGUGUUUUACCUGAAGAUGAAGGGCGACUACUACCGCUACCUGGCCGAGGUGGCCACGGGUGAGAAGAGGGCCACCGUCAUCGAGUCAUCAGAGAAGGCUUACAACGAGGCCCAUGAGAUCAGCAAAGAGCACAUGCAGCCCACCCACCCCAUCCGCCUCGGCUUGGCUCUCAACUACUCUGUGUUUUACUACGAGAUCCAGAAUGCCCCUGAGCAGGCUUGUCAUCUGGCCAAGACCGCCUUUGAUGACGCUAUUGCUGAGCUGGACACCCUGAACGAGGACUCCUACAAAGACUCAACUCUCAUCAUGCAGCUGCUCCGAGACAACUUAACACUGUGGACAAGUGACCAGCAGGAUGAUGAGGGAGGGGAGGGCAACAAAGAUUAAUAAACCACACUUAGGAAAAAUAUAUAAUGAAGGGCCGGUGGGCUUUGGCAGACGCUUUUGCUCGUACCGCAGCAGCAGUUCUUUAUUUUUCCAUGUGUUAAAAGAAAAGAAUCAAAAGAAAGGUGAGGUGAGGUUACAUCUUAGGCUAAAUAUAUAUAUAUAUAUAUAUAUAUAAAUAGUUGAAAGGGCCUCCGUCUUGAUUUUCUCUUUGACAUUUGCCAAAACCACUGAAAUGUCAGGCAAUCCUGAAGUGGUUGUUGUUGGAUUGGUUUGGCAGUCUCACACUGGCAUAGGGACUGGUGUCGUACCAAGGGAAGCUGCUUAGUUAGGUUUAUGCAUGAUAGAGAUGCAGACACUUGAGGAAGGGGGGAAGUUUGCAAAUAGUUUGCAAUGGUUCCAGUACUAGCAACUCAGCCACUUUUCUCAUAUUCAUUAUCUCAGCACCAAACCAGUGUCUACUUUUGUGACAACAGCGCGUUUCUAUGAUCUGUGGUUAAAAAAAAAAGAAGAAAGGUCCUAAAAUAUGAUUCUGUGACAUCACAGGGUAGGAUUUCUAGCCAGAGAUUGGGUCUUUUCUUGCUCCCCACGUCACCGCAAAUCUCAUAGUGUUUGAAAAUCACAUUUUCUUUAGUGAAUUUGAACAUGAAUUAUGCCCCUAUUUAAGAUUACUCUAUUUUUUGUACCCAAUGAUCAAUGAAAACUUGCUCGGUAGGUCUAUGUCCUCAUUGUGGUUUUACAGACGUGUUUAAUAUGUCUUAUUUACACACUUUAUUCGAAUAUUUAUGAAAUGCAUAUUGUUAUAUUUGGUAGCACUUAUUUGUUUUUCCUUCGCCUCCAACCCCUUUCAAUGCGUGGAACGGAUGUGGGUGGGGCUAGGUCUACAUAAGGGUGCUAAUUAAAAAAAAUCUCACAAAAGCUCUGAUUAAGGCCGUGAGGCCGAUGAUACGUAAGCUUAUUAAAGAUCAGUGAUACUAUCAAGAGCAGUGUGCGGUUUCCUUUUUCAUUCAAAAUCACUGUUUUUAAAAAAUUUUAACUUUUGAUGAUGUCAUCGAGUAGAACAUUUUAAUGCUCUUUUUUUCUGUCUACAAAACAUACAAAUGCGCCGUUUUCACAUAUGUAGAAAUUAGUUUAGUGCUGGAGAUAAUGAAUAUGAGGUUUGAAAGUUGCAGAUUUGCCCUUUAUUAAGAUAUAUCACUCACUCUUGAAGGGAGUGCAGGACAGCCAAGAAAAUGCAAAUAGUAUUAAUCUGACCAAAUCAACUAGAAAAAGUCAAAUGCAGAUCUUUUGUUAAAAUGUUGGCUGUUUAUUGUAAAGUUAAUACCAAUCAUGGCAAUGAGGUAAGGAUAAAAUACUGUUAUCAAUUUACUCUUUCACAUGACUUCUAGUUUUAGGAAUAUUUGGCUGUCCUCUGUGAAUGUCCUCUGACUGCUCUAAAUAUGAUACUGGAACCAUAGACUCUAUUGGAGGUUAAGCUAUCUAAAGGCAGAGACAGUUUAAAACAGAGACAUUAUGUUAAAGCAGCUGCAGAGCUUGUGGUUUACUUCUGUGUUUUAUUAAAUGCACUUGCCUACUAUACUGUUUCUUCAGUGUAAGAUGAUUACUACAAUAAUAUCGAUUAUUCAGUAUUGUGCAUGCUGGUGAAGUAUUUAAACAUACAGUAGCUUGACUUUAUUAUCUUAUACUGUGGGUGUUAAGUAUUCAUAUGAUUGAGAACAUAGGCUUUGUCUGAUUAUUUCUUAAUUAUAACUUAUUCUUAUUUUGUUUUUAUUUGCUAUAUCAAAAUGUUGAUCGUAAAAAUGUACAUGUUAUGAGCAUUGCUAUAGUGGCAUGCAAUAUGUAUUUCAUUUGUUAAUGGAAGAAAAAAAAGGGGGGAAAAACACACCAGUGAUUGCUUAAUCUUACCAACUGGUGUUUGUCAUGUUAAAUUAUAAUAAUGGCUUUGUCACAUUAAAUUAUAAUAAUGGCAUUGUAAAACAAAUACUUUGUUCUUUGAACUAUUUGAUUACUUAUUUUGUCAUGUUAUUAACCAGUUUGAACAGUGGUGAAGUUUUCAGAAUCAGUGUUUCUGUUAUGAAUUCACAACAUGGACCACAAUUUAUUUCUGACAGUAUACAUUUAAAAAAAACAUUUUUUUAUACCUUUUAGCUGUUUCUGAGUGACGAAUAUCUUGAAUGUGAGUCAUUAUGUAGCAGUUGCACAAGAAACGAGAACUAUGAUGAUGAUAAAAAAAUUAUAUGACAAUUAUAAAUGCACCAUUUCCAUGGCAGUCUAGUGUAUUGUUGUGAUGUCACUAAGUCAACAUUUGUGUUUUGUUGUAACCUCUUGUGUGCUGCUAGUAUGCUAUUCUUGUGUGUGCCUCCUUUGCUAUUUGAAAUAAUUGAUUCAGCAUACUCCAUAGGCAUCCUCCAUAACCAUAUAUGCAAAAAGAGAAUUAUAACGACACAGUAAAAACCCACUUAUGCUUUUAGGUCUACACAAACUUGCAUGACUCCAGUGCAGGGAAUGCACAUUUCUGCUCAUGCAAUAUAAUGCAAAAGCUAGUCAAAUUAUAGCUGGCUAUUAGGACUUAAGGUUGAAGCAAACAGGGAGAGUCAUUUGUCAUACACUGUUAACGUUAUUUACCACAGAGGGCUGAAUGUCCCAACUGAAUGAUUCCCACGAGGACAAAAGAACAGAUCUAAAUGAUCUUUAACAGUGUCCCAAAUGCCACCCUCUUCCCUAUAUAGUGCACUACUUUUGACCAGAUCCCUAUGGGUCUUGGUCAAAAGUAGUGCACUAUAGGUAAUAGGGUGCCAUUUGGAACGCCUCUUAGUCUUUAACCCAUUGUACAUUUCACACCCUCUGAGAUAACCAUGUAUCCAAAUAGAUAUUGCUGAGGAGAUGUUGUUUUCCAUCUUGCUGCUAUGCUCUAGAUUUUAUUAGAUUGAUAAUCUUGAUCAUAAUUGGCUAAAACUCAGCAAUCUAUUUAUUUUUUGGUCUCAGACAUUAUCACUUGCCCUGGGGAACCCAAACACCUUGAGGUGUGUCAGAUUUAGAUAUUUAUAUUCAUAAACCUAGGGUGUUACUUUAUGCCAUUCAUCUAGUGCCAUCAACAGUGAAACAGUGUUAUACCUUCCAUUUUUGCCAUGCUAAUCUAAGAACAGUUAACACAUGUAAUUAAACCUGGUACUUCAUUAAUUUACAUAGUCCUUUCUGGGACACAAGGCCACUUUGGAACACUAUGUUACUUUUUCCUCUGUAUGUCAACGUAGAUGGCGAGAGUUAACAAAUCAGAUUGCUUUUCCUCUGAAAGAAACUUUAAACUCUAUAAUUUGUUUGGUGUAGAUUUUUGGACACAUCAGACAGGAUGGUUCAUUCAUUAAGUACAUGUUUUGUUUGUGUUUAUUUAAUUUUCAAUUUGUUCACCCAGAUCCUUGUGUCUGUAAGUUCAGGUAGAACACCACUGUAACAUGUAUGCUCUCUUUGCUCUGAAAUUAAAUUAAACUUCCAUUGAAUCAAGUAAAGGCUUGGGACCAUGGCUAUACAACAGAAAAAAUGUAGACUGAAGUCACAUAAUCUUGUCAACAAAUCAACUACCAUUAAAAUGGAGGAUGUUUCUAAGAA